UUUAAUCAGAGACUGUUACCCUUUAGAGUUUGGGUUUAUUUGUAGUGCAUGAACAUCCGUCUCUGUGUUGGAAGGCAACAUUUGUUUUGACAUGAUUCAUAGCGGUUUAAUAGAAGAAUGUUCUAGGUUAAAGGACUUUUUUUCCGCUUAAAAGAAUAACAACUUUUCGCUGACGAGCUAAUUACUACUAUAUUAAAUUUUUCUUUGUGUGGUUAACUAGUUUAAGUUCCAAACUAGUUUAAAAUAGAAAUGGCAAAGCAAGUAUCACAGGAGACAUUUGAUGAUGUCGUAAAAGAAAACAUCCAAGAGUUUGAGAUGACCAUAGAGGAGGCAAUCAAUGAUACUGUGCAACAGUUUGAAUCACAGGGAGUAAAUUUGGCCAUGAUAAUUCGAGAUCCUUCCCUGUACAGCGCUGAUGGUGAAAAGCUUUUUCAUCCAGUAAUUGCUGCACUCAAUGCGCUCUCUCUGGAUGGUGAGAUUUCGGAUACAGACCAUAAGGAUCUUGAAUUGGUCCAAAAUGAAUGUGACAUUGACCUGACUCAUAGAUGCUUUGUUGGCAAAAAUGAUGCAUAUUCAAUUUUGCUUAAAAAACUGAAGAAAUACAAUGGAGUUCACAAAGAUCUCAUGUUAAAAACCAUGAAAGCUCUGUGUUCAUUAUGUAAUGGUCAGCCAGACUUACUAAAUGAAGAAGGUGCAGAGGAAUUCAUGGCCAUUUUAAAAGAUGAAAAUAAUGAUGAAUCUGUAACACAGCUCAUUGUCACUCUUAUACGAAUGAACUGUAUUAAACAUGAAAUGAAUAGAAGGAUGUUUGUCAAAAAAGACUUGAUUAAGGAGCUUGUACGGGUACUUAUCCUCUACAAAUCAUCACCAGCUACAGUGAAGGAAGUUGCUUUUGGAUUAAGGGUGUUGACACAAGAUGAUGAUUUAAGAGUUCCCUUUGGUUCAGCUCAUGAGAAUGCAAAACAAAUUGUAAUUGAGGGAGAUGCUCUACGACAGCUCAUAGAUAUCUGCAAAGAGUACACAUCUGACAUUGGUGUUCAGGCUGAGCUGUUUUCAACAUUGAGCAAGCUUGUGGUUAGGGAUGAGUUCUGCCAGGAAGUGCGGGAUCUUGGUGGACUCGACCUCAUUCUCAAGUCCUUCCAGACUAACCUCACUCAUAAGGGAAUUGCUCGCCAGGCACUAACAGUGUUGAAAGCACUUGCAGGCAAUGAUGACAUCAAGAUAGCGAUCGUUAAAGCUGGGGGAGUACAGCUGGUCCUUGCUGCAAUGACUCAGCACCAAGGCAAUGCCCAGAUCUGUGCUGCUGGUUGUCUUGCCAUUGCAACAUUUUUGCUCCGUCAGCCGGACAACUGCAGCAUCGUUGUGGAGAACAAUGGUCACCAUGUCAUCCUGCAAGCCAUGAAGGUCCAUCCUACUGAUGCAACUGUCCAGAAGCAGGCUUGCAUGGCGAUCCGGAAUGUUGUGGCGAGGACUCGAGAUCUGUGUGGGCUGUUCGUGGAGCUUGGGGCAGAGGAGCUGAUUGGCCGCGCACGGCAACUGCCGGGCUGUGAGGACGAGGGGAAGGCUGCCCUCCGUGACCUUGGUUGUCAGGUGGACCUCAAGGAACGCUGGACCGGUGAGAAGGGCAGCCUGUCACAAACAGCUUACUGAGGAUGUGGAGCAGAAUAGCUCUGAUACUUGCUUUUGAUUUGUUUUUGUAGCUAUUUUUAAGUUAAAAAAAAUAGCAUAACAAGUGUUUGACAAUUUUGCUUUGUUGAUAGUGUGAAUUCUUGAUGAAAGGAAAGAUAGUAUAGUAACAUUUUAUUUCCAUUAGCAGGAGGAUAAUUUAAAGAGCAAGAAUUUAUUGUGAUGUCUGUGAUAUUAGUUCAUUUUCUUCAUUUCAACAUCUUUAUGUGUUUUUUUUUCAUUUCAUUUCAUUUCAAUAAAAUGUUUUGUCCAUAAAAUGUGUAAUCUCAGAAGGGAAUAAACUUCUAACAAGUA